AUGCCCGCAAGAAGAAACUUAUGUCUAGUUUUAUCCUGUUUCAGACAAUACUCAUCAUCCAUAGCAACCAGUGGCGUACAAGGCGUACAAGGUAGACUACCAACGCACCCUAGCUCAUCAAACAGUACAAGCCAAUCUUUGGCGAUCACAGACCCUUACCAACUAUACCAAAACUAUGUCGCGCUGGGUUUGUUGGAAAAAGACGAAGCUCAGGUACGAGUAAUGAAAGAGUUUCAAAAACUUUACCACCGUGUUAUAGACUACGUACCACCUGAGGAUUUGUCAAUUAAAUUAAGUCUAGUUUUAAGACAAAUUGAGGUAAAGGAUGCAGAACAAAACACGCGAAAGAAAUCACCAUUGCGCUACUUUAAAAAAGAUCCAAGAAAGGAGAAGCAGUCUUUAAUCAAGUAUAUGACAGAUGAAGAAGAGUUGAUCAAUUUUCCAUCACCACAAGGACUUCUAGUGAACGGCGAAGUUGGCUCGGGCAAAUCAUUGCUUAUGGAUAUAUUUGCGUCCUCACUACCGCAUGCAUCUAAGAUGCGUUGGCACUAUAAUAAUUUUAUAUUAUACGUGUACAGCGAGAUCCACAAUAUACAACAACAUCGAUUUAAAACCAUGAAUCGAAAGGUUAACGAGUUUAAAAUGGAGAAUGAAUUUAUUUUAUAUGAAGUGGCACAAAAGAUGAUCCAAAGAAACACCAUAUUGAUGCUCGACGAAUUUGUAUUGCCCGACAUUGCUAGUGCCAACAUCAUCAAGAUUCUAUUCACGUUCUACUUUAAACUUGGUGGAGUACUUGUUGCCACAUCUAAUAAACUACCGGAAGAAUUGUACUCGGCGCAGUUUAGCAAAGGCAAAUUCAAAAGUUUUGUUGGUAUUUUGAAUGCAAGAUGUCUAUCCAUUGACAUAAAAUCAGAAAAGGAUUAUCGAACUUAUUUUGCCAACGAGUCAUUAGAGAAGCCUCAUCUUGUGGUGCGCAAAGACAAUCAUGGCGAGGAAAAAGAGUGGGAUCAUUUGAUUAAAACCAAGGCACUAGGUAUCGCAGAGGAUUCUCCGCUUAUGCACCAAUCAAUAUCAAGCUUGGGAAGCCCAUCUUCAGUAAUGGUUUACAAUAGGGUCACACGUAUUCCUAAGGUAUUCAAUAAUGACACAAUCUGCUAUCUCGACUUUUCGGAAAUAUGCCAGGGACUCACCUCAUCAUCCGACUAUAUCACAAUUGCUUCGAAAUAUCGUACAGUUAUCUUGGACAACGUACCGAUUAUGACCACCAAGAUGAAAAAUGAGGCACGAAGAUUUAUUACAUUAUUGGAUGCCAUAUACGAAGCCAAGUGCCAGCUCUUUAUGAGAUCCCAAGUAGACAUUGACUAUUUAUUCUUUCCCGACGCUCUAAAAAUUGAUGACAGGGAAUUCAUAAACUACUUGAAACUCCAUACAAAGAGUAGUGGUGCUACGGAUAGAUUAGACGUGCAGGAUGAAGAAAUGUUUGCUAAAACGUCGAUCGCCAUGGAGAACCCUUAUAGACCAAACAUUGCUUCCUAUGAUCAAGAAGACACAGAGCAUUAUGAUGAACCUAGUAAAGUUAACACCGACAAAUCAAAUUUUGCCAAUAUUAAAGUAUUUACAGGUGAUGAUGAGAAGUUUGCAUUUAAACGAGCCGUUUCAAGAAUAAAGGAGAUGAUUGGAUCUGAUGUGUGGAGGAGGGCAGAACGUUGGGUGCCUAUCGAUGAUACAAUGAGGCCAUGGGAACAUACUUACACCACAAGCAGCAAGCCAUCCCACUUGGAAAAUGACCUACACGAGGAUAACAAGAAGAUGCAAGACUUGCUUGAGGAUAAAUCAAUGAAAGAAAUAACCAAGGAUAUCAGUACAAGUCUCCCACGUGACUAUUCACUGAGUGAACGUAUAUCGUUUCGCUUCUUUAAUUCAAAAAUUGCCCCUGUGUUUAGCAAUUUGCUGCAUUUUUGGGCUAUGGGGCCAUGGAAUGGUCACCAAGGAAAGCGGAUGAAGGAUACAAUCAGUCGUAACUGGAUUAGAUCUAGUGUUAGAAAUGAUGACGGGAAGUAG